CUAUGCUAUCAGGUUACGCCUGGGAAUCAGCCUACAGAGCCGAACUCUGCUCUCCCGGCUGGGUCUGGUUCAUGGGGCGGCCCCUGGAACCCUCCCAGAGCAAGGGAAGAUCUCAGUGAACCUCGCUGAGCCUUGGAGAAGCCGCUCCCUUAGGAAUCCGCUGACUGGGACAGCCAGGGCAAAGCUGCAGGGUUGAGUCCCAGGCUCGACACGCUUCCUGGGGUUUGCUUGUAAAACUUGUGGAGAGGCAUGGACGCGAAUGUGGUGCCGCUGGAGGGGGGCCAGCCCCUCCUGAUGAGUCUGAACAGCAUGGGGCUCAAGCGUCACCCCAAGGCCAUGAAAUCUAAAAAGGCUGUUCUUUUCUUUGAGGUGGAGAUCCUGGAUGCCAAGACCAGGGACAAGCUGUGCUUCCUGGAUAAGGUGGAGCCCAAUGCCACCAUCGCCGAGAUCAAGAACCUCUUCACCAAGUCCCAUCCCCAGUGGUACCCAGCCCGACAGUCCCUUCGCCUUGACCCCAAGGGGAAGUCCCUGAAGGAUGAGGACGUGCUACAGAACCUGCCGGUAGGCACCACAGCCACACUGUACUUCCGGGACCUGGGUGCGCAGAUCAGCUGGGUGACGGUCUUCCUCACUGAGUACGCUGGGCCCCUGCUGAUCUACCUGCUCUUCUACUUCCGAGUGCCCUUCAUCUAUGGCCCCAAGUACGACUUCACCUCCAGCAAGCACUCGGUCGUGCACCUGGCCUGCAUCUGCCACUCGUUCCACUACAUCAAGCGUCUGCUGGAGACCAUCUUUGUCCAUCGGUUUUCCCAUGGGACGAUGCCCUUGCGCAACAUCUUCAAGAAUUGCACAUACUACUGGGGCUUUGCAGCCUGGAUGGCGUAUUACAUCAACCACCCGCUGUACACCCCACCGACCUACGGCGACGAGCAGGUGAAGCUGGCACUAAUUAUAUUCCUGUUCUGCCAGCUGGGGAACUUCUCCAUUCACAUCGCUCUGCGGAACCUGCGGCCGGCGGGCUCCAAGACUAGGAAGAUCCCAUAUCCCACCAAGAACCCCUUCACGUGGCUCUUUCUGCUAGUGUCAUGUCCUAAUUAUACCUAUGAGGUGGGCUCCUGGAUCGGCUUCGCCAUCAUGACCCAGUGUCUCCCAGUGGCCCUGUUCUCUCUGGUCGGCUUCAUCCAAAUGACCAUCUGGGCGAAGGGGAAGCACCGCAGCUACCUGAAGGAGUUCCGGGACUACCCACCCCUGCGCUCGCCUAUCAUCCCCUUCCUGCUCUGAGCCACGGGGGCUUUGGGUAUUUGUGCAGUCCAGGAGGAGCCCCCCCCCGCUCUCCCCACUGGCACAGGGUUUGGGGGAAGCUGCACACUCACCCAACUCCCUGCUGCUGGGUUUCUGCAGCUGCCCCUGUGCUCCCUUGGGGGCUGCCCCGCCCCCCAGGGAAGCCAACACCCAGCCCUGCUCAGAGCCAGGUCCUGUGUUCUCCUCCUGCUGCGUCGUGCACCCAGAUCUAGAUUCCUGUCGAACUGGAAACUAACCCAGGGAGAAGCUGGAGCUGCCUCUGCCUGGAUGCAGCCACGCAGAGCUGUGGCCUGGAGGAAGGACCCUGGCCCCAGGCACCUGCCAACGCUUACCGAUCCCAGAGGAGCUGAGUGCUCGUGCCCCCAGUGUUGCUGGUGGGAGUGGCAGGUGCUGAGCCGCACCGGAGACCAGGCCCCUUUCUCCAGGUACUGGCUUAGGAUUGUAGGAGCCUCAUUUCAGGCUCUUGAGCAGGAAGAGAAACUUCUUGGCAGGGCCUCAGGGGGCAAGCACUGGGCUGGGGCAUGGGCCCUGUUGAGCACUUCUCUCCUUCGAAAGCUGCCUGGGGGCUGCUGC